AUGGUCAGAUACGUGUACAGAAGCUUCGACUUGGUUUUCCUCCCAUCCCCCUUUCCCCCCUCCCCCCUCACCCCACAUUCCUCUGACUUGGAUCAACGCGGCAAGAGGCAAGAAAACCAUCAACGUCGCUUGUUAGAACCCUCUGACCAGAGUAUCACGAUGAGAAUAACCCCAUGCAUGUCGCGGACAGCUUGGCAGCAUCCACGUCAACCGGGCGACAACUUUGUCCGAAAGUACAAAUACAUUUUCGAUCGCGAGUGUCCAAAGUGGCGGAAAUCUAGCGACAAAGACAAAUCUCUUCGCGAUUCGGAAUCACCCAGACGGAGAACGAGAUCCGACUCGAUCCCAUCGACCAUAACACCCGGACCAACGUUGGAUGUCGUUCAAGCGUCGGAACACCACUCGUACGAAGGAGAACCCCACUCAUCCGUCCCCGUCCCGUCCCCUCACGCGGGACCUUCGACCGUCACUGAAAUCGUGCCAGAUCCCCAGCCCAAGCCUGAGGCUUUGCCUUUCCUGUUCGCACCUGGCACGGCGCGUUUCGUCCGAUCAUACCUUCUUUUCCAUGGUGACUGCAAUGUCAUUCACACCUCGGCAAUAACUUCCCUCACCAGCUGUUCUGAUUCGGAUGAAUGGCAAGAAAUGGUCAUCACAUCUCCCCCUCCCAUUUUCAUUUCCUCUUCAUCUUUAGCCUCCGCUCUCGAUCCCCCCAAAGACGAAAGCGCCAAACCCAGAACCAGAACCAGACCUCAAGCUAGAUUUUUGGCCAUCACUUCCGUUUCAUGCUCUGAUUCCUUAUCCUCGACUCCUCCUCGACCGAUCUCAAGCUCAGGACUGGACACAGGUCAGAGAAUAAGGGUCGUUCUUGCUUUCCUUUACCGCAUAGGAGAUACAUGUAUCGUUCCGGAGAGAGGAUUCUCAGGAGUGUUGUUCUCUCGUUUACAACCCUUUGAACUCGACCCCCUUUCAACGUCCACUCGGUCGGUCGAUGAUGGCAUGGAAAAAGACGAAAGAGAGGAUAUGGAAGGAAGAGAUCCGAGUUGGGGCAGAUCUUUCUGGCUCACACACCGAAAUGACGUGCUGCUAGUCGCCAAACCAUUGGACGGAGAGGCCGGACGGUGGGUGAUCAUGGUGUUGGAUAGACAAGAAGAUUAUUGCGCGUAUGUCGUCGUUCCUACCGUCGCUCAGAAGUCUUUGACCGAUGAUGGAGAAAAGAUUUCAAUUGGUCAAGAGCGAGAAAGUUUCGAUCCCAUCGAGGAAACGAUACUCGGAAUGUGUCUCGCGUUGAGAGGUGAACAUGAAAGUAAACCACGUACGGCUGGAGUGAGGUUACGUAGUUUGGAAGUUGUUUUAUCCUCUCAAUAUCAUCCUUGUGAUCCGUGUGAAUCCGUCUGUCUAGCUCUCGAUGUCAUCCGUCUCUACGCGACUUUGAGAGCCACGAAAAGGUCGACUCGUCUACCCGUCAAAAUUCCCACAAGUCAAGAUCACGUUCGAUCCAUCGUUCAAGAAGAAGAUGAAGAAGAAGAAGGGAAGGAAAUCAUCAAGAUGGUAGAGAUACAUUUGGACGAAUUGAUCCAAGAGUUGAAAACGGAAAAAGAAACGGAAAAAGAGAAAGAAGAUUCGAAAGCAAACGUUUUGAAAAGGUUUGAGGGUCCAGGACUGCAUUUACGAGUAGGAUUGUGA